AUGUGCCGAGGAAUCGACUACGUCCACGAAGGGUGCAAACACAUUAAGAAAUUUCACGUUGUCCAGGUGUGCAAUUCUUCCAACGGCACCCCCUGCCACGAUCUCAUUACAAUUCACGAAAUCAAAAUCACAGCUCCAGCCUUUUGCCUUCGAUGUUUCCGUCAAAAGGAGGCCGACAUUGACGCGGAAUACGAAACCAUGGCAGACGACCUCCGAAAGGAGAUAGCCAGGGUUGACGAACGCUUUGCCAAGGGGUGGGUCCUAACCCAAACAAGCGCGCAUUUGCUCAACGACUACCGUGCUGAGUGCGAGGAUGAUAUCCUGCAAGCGAAGGCAUCGCGGGACUUGAGCAUUCAGCUCUUCAGACAGGACCAAGGGGUCUGGGGUGAUGGCUGA